AUGACGAAUUAUCCACCUGCUUGUGAACAGUUUGUUGAUCUUAUGGGGAUUAAAACCGCUUCCCUGCAUUCAUGGAUUCUAACAACCAAAAACAAGAAGAGAUCUAAAGAAGAAUUGGAGGAACGGCUUAUAUCAUUGGUUGCUUCACUUUUUGGUGGAGUUUUGAGGGGUUCAAGAAGGGAAAGAUUACUCAGUAAAUUUGUGGAAAAUGAGUAUGAAAAGAUAGACAGGCUAAUGGAGCUUUAUAUUAGAUAUUCAAACAGAGUGAAAGAAGAAUCCGAAAGGCUGAAUGAUCUUGAACUUGAUGAUCUUGAGAUGGAUGAAGAUGAAAAAUACAAUCGGAAGCUAGAAUCUGGACUCUAUUCUCUUCAGUUAAUUGCAGUUAUUUUGGGUCAUCUUUGGACAUCCAAGCAUCCUCGGAUAAAGGUAAGAAUUGAAUUACUAGUUAAGCAACAAAAGUUGACUAAAACAGACGUCAAGAAUGUUCUACAGGAAUAUCAUGACAACAUCGGUGAUCUUGAUGGCCCAGAUGAGAAAGAGAAAGCACAGGCCAAAAUCCAGAGAUUCAUCGCAGCUUUGUGAAAACUAUAAAAAUGUUACGAGUUAACCCAACCUUUACUUAAAUUCAUGUACUUUGAUUCCUUAUAUUCUAACUUGUUUUUUAUCUGUUUAUUAC